AUGAACACGUCUGCUGCGGCCGCUAACGACGACGAGAUGCUCGCGCUGACGCUGCAGGAUGUAGAGGAAACGGAGCGACGCCCGCAGAUCAAGCCACGCGCGGCCGACACGUCAUUUGAAACCUUUUCUCACGAGAGCGCGGAGCCGAGUGAGCCUUUGUCUAUGCCUCUGACGCUGCCCACGUCGCCUACGCUGCUACCACUGUCCUCGUCACCGUCUUCAGCCGCGUCUCAUCAUCGUCAACAGCAGCUGAGCGUGCAACAAUACUUCCAGACCGAGAGCAGCGCUGGCGGGGAUUUCAACACCGAAAUGCAAAAAUCUAACGACGAAUAUCGACGCUUAACAGACGCAAUUAACCUGAACAAGAGGAGGCAGGGCACCAACGUCAGUAUCGACCUCCAGACCAAGAUCCGCAUCAUCGAAGUGGCCGAGCAGUACCAAUAUGACCCCAAGAGCUCCAGUCGCAGCAAACAGGACGGAAUCCUGCCUAGUCAUCACGGAAAAGAAAUUGUGAACGGCAUCCGUCUAGCAGAGCAAUUCGGACUUAAUAAGAGCACCGUGAGUCGCAUCUUGAAGCGCAAGGAAGAGUUCAAGAAGGCUUACUACAAGGACAACAUAUCGGGCUGUUCCAAGCACAUUAACAAGAAAUCCAAGUUCGACAAACUCAAUCGACUCGUGGAGAACUGGUUCGAUAUGAAUCGAGAGAAGAACGGCACGAUCACGGACACUUUGAUCCGAGAUGUCGGCAAACGAUACGCAGAGGAGCUCGGUAUUGAGGACUUUCGAGGAUCCAACGGCUGGGUGCGGAGUCUACGUAAUCGCAAGGAACAUACAGGUCGAAAUACUGCGUCGAUGGAGGAACAAGAAGCUGAGAAGAGGAAAAAAGACAAUGAGGCUAUCGAACGCAUGCGGAACAUUUUCCCCAAUGGUGUCAAGGACAUGGCUGGAUUCUUCAAGGACUUAUCGACGUAUUUGGAGAAAGAUGGUGCUGGAAUGGGUGGAUUUGGAGACUUUAGCGGUAACAAUAGUAGUAACCAUGGCAGUGCAAGAGAUGCGGCCUUGGCGCUGGCUGGGGCGUCAUACACAGACAUGGACGAUAGCAUCUCACGUCAUGACGACGGAAUGAUGGCCGAAGAAUUCCUCAAGAAGAAGAUGAUUGACUCGCUACGUAUCUGGUCACAAGAACUAAUGGCGUCUGAACUGGCCAAGCUUAAGAAACGCAUGAAGCCGCGACAGGCGGCUAUCCUAUAG